AUGGCCGGGGAGGACGGACCCCGGAAGCGCAGACGGCCAGCCCAGUCGUGCGAACAAUGCCGCCAGCGAAAGGUCCGCUGCGACCGCAACGUUCCAUGUGGCCCUUGUACACGCGCACGAUCCGAUCUCCACUGCUCUUACCGGGAUAAAAGCCCGUCUCCAAAUUCCAAUGGCAUUGAGAUCACUACUCCGGGCACGGCGCAGCGUCCAGUUACUGCGGCCUUCAAUCCAAGACCACCGAACCCCUUAACCCCGACUGACAUCGGAGACACCGAUCUCCAAUCUAAAGUGGAAAUACCUCUGCGGGAUAUUCGGUAUCGACUACAGUCUCUUGAAGAUCGAUUAACCGCUUUGACGAAGAACUCUCAGCCGCCUUGGGAUGAUCGACGGCUGGAACAGGCGUUGCACGAUCUGACCGAGAAAACACAAAGCAUCGAACGAAAGCUUGGCGCAACGCAAAAGCCCGGCGACCAAACGCAUGAAAAUGGUUAUUUGACAGUUAAGGAUAUACCACGGCGCCUUCAUGUGGCAGCCGGCAAGACGAAGCUUCUUGGUCCUACCCAUUGGAUCCACAAGGUUGACAAAGUAUGGCACUCCCUUUCCGAUUUGCUUAUGCGGGAACUGAACGAGUUACAGCUCCAGGUUGUCGAAUCUUUAAGUGGCAGAGAAUCGGAGGCCUCUUUCAAAGAGCUGAAGGCAGAUCUUACGAAGGUGGUCAAGGAAUGUAGAGGCCUUCGAAAAUCCAUCAAGUCCCACCGGUCCGUGACAGUGGACGAGCCUGUUCCCGAUCUCCGUAGCACCAUUCCACCAAAGGCAGUGUGCGACGAGCUUGUUCAAGGCUACCUUCGAACUUUCGAGUUAAUAUAUCGCGUGGUGCAUAUACCGGUUUUCUGGGAAGGUUAUACAAUGUUCUGGACGGAGCCGCAGCUGUCUCCCACAUCCUUUCUAAUGAAAUUAAUCCUCAUCCUUACUAUCGGUACUGCUUUCCAUGAGGAUAACAUCAACGGGAUCAAUAAUCAGUUCACACAUCUUAAGCAGAAAUGGGUGUAUGCGGCUCAGUGGUGGCUUACAGGCCCAUCGGCAGAAACAACAGCCAGCUUGGAAGGAUUGCAAGUAUUCUGCCUGUUGCUAACAGCGCGGAAGGUUAGUGGCCUGGGAACAUCACAUGUGCUCUCCGCGAAUUCGCUCGUCGAGAUGGCAAUGCGAUUGGGUCUUCAUAUCGAUCCUUCCAAGUUCCCCAACUUAUCCCCUUAUGAGUGCGAGAUGCGAGUUCGCCUCUGGGCCACCGUACUCGAAUUGGCCCUCCAAUCAUCUUUGGAGUCAGGUCUUCCUUGUCGCCUACCACUGGAGUUCGGCACGCGACCGCCAUUCAACCUUGAUGAUCAUGAUAUCAAUCCCAAUACAAGCCAAAUCCCUUCUUCGAAACCUAGUGAACAGUGGACAGAUGCAUCUUUCCUGUCAUUGCUUCAAGAGUCAGUUAAACUUCGAAUGGAAGUGAUACAGCUUAUCUCUAGCCUUGGCGAGAAGUCAUACCAACGGGCUUUGAAGUUCAGCGCGGAUAUGAGACUGGCUUGCCGCAGGUUGACAAAUUUUGCCCAAUCUUGUACGGCGUCACUGCAUCGUCAAGGAACCGGCCCAACCGACUUCCACAAGCAAUUUCUCGAUAUGGAGCUGCGCAGAUACAUUCUGGCUCUUCAUGCACCAUUCACUGUCCAGGCUCGAAAGGACCCCCGAUUCUACUACUCCCGCAAAGUCUCCCUUGAGUCUGCAAUGGCCAUUGCAUCAUAUGCCUACAACCUGGAUCUUCCGUCCAAUCCAUUGGACGACUUUUCAAGAAUGACGCUUGUUGCUACAGGCAGCUUCAAGGGCCCUUUGGGACUGGAUAUUAUAUCGGUUCUUGGCCUUGAGGUUGUCACUCAGUUAGAAGAAGAAUCCUCAGUGGAAUCUUUACUGGGUCCCGAAGAUGAAAUCGCGAAAGUGGCUCGAACUCCUAUCAUCCGAACUCUGGAACACAUUCUCAAUCAGCUGCUGCAAAUCAUCUCGUUUGGCAGUCCCAGCUUGAAAAGAUAUAACUUCCUAGCAGCGAUACUAGCACAGAUCCGAGCUAUGGAAUCCAACCAAUGCGUCAAACGAGUAGUAUAUGAAACCGUAAAAAGCGGGUUGCAAGAGUGCUAUGCAUUGUUGCAAUCAAGUACGGCUGGUUUGACCGGGAGCACGAUUCCGGGAAUGCCAAAUGGCACAGCCGUUGAAAACACCCUAGGUUUGCCUGAUCCGACUCUCGCUGAAUUUGGCUUUCAGCCUGUGGUAGGCCUUCCCGUGGAAGAAUUUUUGGAUAUUUUUUAA